GGGCUGCAUUGAUUGGUCGCUGGCGAAGCCGCGCCGUUUACACCCACGAACGCCCUGAGUACAGCUGAGAGACCCCACAAUUGGUCGUUCGAAUAAGGAAAGGGAAAGGAAGAAAGCAUCACGACUCAUCGCACUUCACACGCCGCACACGCCGUUAUUAUUAUUAUUGUUAUUAUUAUUAUUAUUAUUAUUUUCUUCACAUCGACAGCGACAGCACGUUGCCAGCUUGCGUUGGAAUGCCAGGCAACUUGAACAAAGCACCUCCUCUUCCAGCUCUACGGCCAGCUUCCGACACUCCAACUACACAACUUGAGGCGGCCGUGACCACAACAAGCGCCGCGACCGACGGACCCGCUGCUGUGUCGCCCACCGCCUCCAGCAUGGACGCGGAACCGUUUGAGGAAGACUGGCAGCGGCCGCCGGGGGAUGUCGGCUACCUCCAAGAUUUGCUCCAGUCGCUAGGAGGGCGGCAUCAACGUUCCGCGGCACUUUCCGCGGCCGCUACGGAUGGCAGCAGUGCGGAGGGGCCGAAGAAGGCCGCCACAGCAGCACCUGCAGGUCGACCAGCGGGAUACAAAACCAGCGGGCACGAUGAGGAGGAUGUCGAGGUGCUGCGUAUGCGAGAAAGGCAAAUAGACGUGAUUGAGCGCCGCCGUCGCCGUGCGCAGCGUCGGUGUGACGCCGUCGAUGCGGCCUUCGCGCGGUCAGUGCACCGGCGCAUGCAGGCGAUGCGGCAUCUCGCGCUGGACCCGCCCGCCGAGCGAUUAGUUGGACAAGGCAUGACACAGUACGUGCCAGCCGCCCUCCUGCCGGAUGACAUCUUAGAUGCCGAGGGGCGGCUUCGUCCUGGGUCGCUGCCGCUGCUGCCCCACUCCGUCGUGGAGACACACGUGCAGCAUCAACUCACGCAUGGGAGGACGAACCUGAAUCCUACAGCCGCGCCGCUGCAGGCGGUGACGGCCAUUACCGAUCGCUCUGCCCGCCGACCAAACGAGCCGGAUGCGCUCGUGUUUUUGACGCAGCUCGAUGCAGGCGUAGCCCCGGAGCGUGAGACCGAAAAAGGAUGCACGGUUGACGGCGCCAGCACCAACAACAAUAGCGGCCCUCCGCAGGGAGCAUCCUCUUCUUCCGCUGCAGACGGCGGCACGAACGCACGUGCCGCGUCACCGCCGCAAACCCACAUCGGUGCGUCGACCCCAGCAGUGGAAGACAAGGCAGCGGGAACCGUUACAGACGCGGUAGAGGACGAAAGACGGGAGGGGGACGAUGAACGCUGGAUGCGGCCCUCCAAUCUCACGGCCACCAACAAAGAUCGCUGGCGCGAACUCGGCUACCACGUUGUGGUGGUCGGCGGCGGCAGAGGUGCCGAGAACGCAGCCGCCCGACGCGCCUUUCAAUCCACCGCUGCACCGCCAGAAGCGAGCACGAGCCCCAACGCGGCCUCCAUCACCCGCGUUAGCCCUCCCCACCAGGGCAACCCUUUUUCUUCCACCAUGUCGUCGACGCCGCAGCGAUCCACGACGACACGGCAGCGAAGUCCGCCCGAACGCGGUGCCCCGUCGGAGGAGAAGGCGCUGUGGCGAUGGACCGCGCUGGCCCCGCUGCCGCCGGUGUGUCUCAUCCAACGACGGCUGCCAGAGGAGGACAUGACGGCGAGGGAGCUGCGACAUCAGCAGUCGUCGUCGAGGUUCACGUCUCGCCGAGGGCCUGCCGGCCGCGGUGAUGCGAGACACUCGUGGAAGACUGGGAGCAAAUGA